AUGCCGAGAGAACCGCCGCGGGGUGUGCGAUGGGGCACCAACCAGGAAGAAAUCCAUGCCAAGAGAUUGCGGGGUGAAUUAUCCUGCGCGGAGUGCAAGCGGUCGAAGCUCAAGUGCGACAAGCAGAUACCUUGCGGGUCGUGUAAGCGCAGAGGAUGCGAGAAGAUAUGUCCCAAUGGUCAGUAUAUGUCGAGAUCAUCCGGACAUCUUUUCGCUGACACAGAAGAGUUGCGCAAGGCAAUCGCGGAAAUGUCGCAUCGAAUUCAUCUGCUCGAGGAUGCCCUGGAGACCCUGCACGCGAGUCAAGCAAGCACUAGGCAUCCAUUGCUCACCGACAAUUUGAAGGCUAUCAAAUAUUUGCCCGAGAAGCGUAACCUCCCCCAAGAGCAGCCCCCGAGCAAUGAUGAGAUAACACCUAUAUCGGAUGCUCUUGGUACAUUGUCUGUUACUGACACAGGCGACGUCAAGUAUUACGGCCAGUCAGCCGGGUCAGAAGUACGUAUUAGUCUGCUAAGAUCUAUCGUGGCGUGA